AUGUCGUCGGGAACACUUUGGGAUGUGUUGGAUAGUGGCCAGGCAGACGCCGACCAGCCAGCUGGCAAUAGCCAGGCACCGCAGCCAUGGAGAAGCAGAAGAGUGGCCGCGAUGCAACAAGCUGAAGAAGACAAGGAGAACGCACCUCCUGUCGGCAAUGAAUCCGCAAACGAAUCCAUCUCCUAUAGCCGUAUCCCUCUCGCGGAUAUCACAACCCAAACCAACGCUCUCAACUUCCGUCAGCCUUGCCAUGGUCCUGCUGUCAACAACAGAGCACAACCCAUCUCCUUCGCAUCUGCCCCCGACCCCUCAGGCCCAUCAUCGCAAUCCAAAGAUGACGAAGAUGGCUUCACUCAAGACGCCAAGAGUCCGCCUUUCCCGAUUCCAAUAACGAUUGGCGAGUACCACAUCCCAACGCAGCACCCACUCACGUCACACGCCAUCAACCCACCUUUCCGUCCGGUCCACGCAACGAAGGACCACGGUGUCUUGCAUUCUGACCAACGUCAUGGAAUAACCGUCCGCCAUCUAGACAUGCGUCCAUCAACAGACCCAAACGCAAAGCUGGGCGAUCCAGGAGUCGUGAUGGGGCCAGAUGGAAAGCUGUGGAUGAUGAAGAGUCGCAAUUGGGGUAUCCUUACGCAACAUGGAGAGACCGUGACUGAAGCUCCCAUCUACACGCACAACAACAACGGCUUGGCGGAUAAGCCUGUUGAGCUCUGGGGCGAGUAUCUGUCCAUCAAGCCCUUGCGUGUCGCAGAGGUGGAUUUCGUGAACCAGAGUCCGUCCAACCCAUUGCUCAAGAUCGGGAAUGAGUUCACGCGUGAAUUGACUCGCAAUACCAUGGUGUUGAAGUACACUGACUUGCAGACGCGGCGACCGGCGUGCGAUGAGUUGUUGAAGGUGGCUGAGUUCGAUGCGGAGAGCACCGAGAUUGUGAAGGCGUAUGCGAAGAAGGCAUUUGCGGGAUAG